AUGACUGCAGUGGUGACCAGGCCCUUGUCUGAGGGCAAAACCGCGAUGAUCAAACCUCCGGAACCCGGCCCCUCGUCCCAUUUCCACAACAAUGGGAAUUUGGAUCCCUUUUCGCCAGUCAACGAGAAUGGAAGCUUCGAAUUCGAUCGAGUCUUGAAGACAGGGAGAGUGUGUCGACGAGUCAAGCAUAAACACGUCUUUCGCGCCUCAUGGAAACCAGCCUACCUCGUCCUCCGACCGAACCUCCUUUCCGUAUACAAGGACGAAGAAACCACCCGCCUCCGAGUCUCCAUUCCCCUGUCUGAAGUGACCGCUGUCGCGCCCGUCAAGUCUCCCCGAUCGACCCGGCGGCAUGUUUUCGGUGUCUUUACCCCAUCUACGAAUUACCGCUUCGAAGCCCUGAGCGAACGCGAUGCAGAGGACUGGAUCGACCGCAUUCGUGCCGAGACCCCCCGCGACGAGGACGAGCGAGCUUUCCUGGCUUUGACCAAAAAGCACGAUCCCCCUGCCAUCCAGAAACAGCUCGUCGACGAGACAACCGAUCACUCCGACUUCGAUCACACUGGCCGCGCCAGCUCUCCGGAGCCACGCCAUCCGCUGUCCCCACGCAGUAAAAAUGCCCAGAAACUCCCUUACAUCCAGGAUUACUCCGGCAACGAGAUGGCAUCGCAUUCAGAGUUCUCUGAUGGACCUGCGCCAUCACGUAACAUCUACCUACGAUCCAUGCCCUCCAUCCAUUCACUGUCCGUUUCAGCACUGGAGGAUAAAUCGGCACCCCGGCCGUCAUCGUCUCUACCCCGAGAUACCAGCAAACAAACAGACUCGGGCACUUUGCGUGACCCAGAGCGGGUAAUCUGUCAGGGGUACCUGCAGGGGCUGCGCAUACAAGGAACCGUGCGUCAGUGGAAACGGCUCUGGGUUGUGCUUCGACCUAAGAGUUUGGCCUUUUACAAGGAUGAAUCGGAGUAUGCUGCAGUCAAGAUCAUCCCCAUGUCUCAUGUAUUUGAUGCCGCAGAAGUGGACCCUUUGUCGAGAUCGAAGACGUUCUGCUUGCAGAUCAUCGCCGAAGAAAAGACCUAUCGACUUUGCGCCCCGGAUGAAGAGUCCCUGGCGCGCUGGCUGGGCUCAUUGAAAAGCAUUCUGGCCGCGCGCAGGCGAUUGGAGCCGUCUAUGGCCACUUCUGUAUAA